AUGAGUUAUUUAGUUUAUUUGAAAUUCUGGUGUGUUACACUUUUAUUGUGUCAAACGGCGUUAGCUAAUUCUAAUGGCACCACAAUUUUAUCUCGAAGGAAGAGAUUCAUUAUUUUUGCGGAAGGAAGUUCUUUUCAAUUAGUUUUCUGCACGACCUAUCCAGCUGUGAUUACAAUAGGAGAUAUAAUUGUGUGGGGCAACACAGCCGCCUUGGCCUUCGAGCUACCACAAGACCCAUAUUCCCCCUUCAACCACCUAGCCGAUCCUCUUCACAGAAGAAUGGAUACUAAAACGAUCUAUUUCACAGAUUAUAAUGGGAAAAUUAUACACAAAGAACCUUAUAAGAGGAAGUUUAUAGUAAAUCCGGCGUUUGCGAAGCGUAGCGUGGAUGGAUAUGUACCCCACGAAUACAAAAUAGAUAGAAGAGAAAUGCACGCCCCGAAACACACGCGCGAGUUUUUGAAAGGGGACCUUUUGGAAAACGUGGAGUUUCAUCGACGCGGUCGAGCGACGCUGUAUCGACACAUAGAGGGACUUCUACAAGGUCUUGGUGCCGAUGGAAGAACGUGCCUAUUAAAAAUGCUAUGCGAAAUGGGGCAGUCCCAUAAUAAUGCUCAGGGUGCAUUCCUUGAAGAAAUUUUGAGAGCCGUAUUCACGUUACCAAAAUCUUCUAAACCAGAUGACGUCGAUAAAGAGUACGACACAGCACAUUCAGCUCAGGGUUCCUGCGAAAAACUGUAUCCCUGUAAUGGGGAACCCGACAUUAUUUUUAUAAACAUGGUGUUGAAGGUAGUUCUUAAAACAUGUUGCGUUUUAUUUUUGUGUGGUUUAGUGACACUUUUGUGGAGUAAAAGUAGUAGGAAUCUGAACAGUAUUGAAGUGUUCAAUGAAACUUGUUCAACGAACGGUUCAGUGAACGAGUCACGUAGACGGACGCUGUCUAGGAGAAAACGUUUCUUAGUGUUCCCGGAAGGGAGUUCUUUACAAUUAGUUUUCUGCGUCCAAACUGCUGCACUCAUACCGAUAGGUGACAUCUUCCUCUACGGUAACACUGCAGCGUUAGCGUGGAAUCUACCCACAGAUCCUAAACUCCUUCUCAUGUUGAAAGAGAAUGAGAAGAGCGGGCAGAGAAGAGUGGACGAGAGCAAUGUAUACUAUCUUGAUGAUAAGGGAAAACUGAUCGCUAAAGUGCCUUAUAAAAGACGCACAAUAAUCAACCCAGCUUUCGCCAAACGAAGUAUUGAUGAAAAAACUACUUUCAAAGAGAAAUUAAAGAUAAAGAUAGAUAGAAUGAAGAUGCACGAACGGCAAUCGGGGCGAGAGUAUUUGAAGAAGAAUAACUUUGACCACGAUAGCAUAGAGUUUCAUAGACACAGCAGAGUCGACUUGUACGAAAAAUUAGUGCCGUUUAUAACUGCACUCGGGGCCGACGGUCGACAGUGCGUUCUUCGCAAACUAUGCGAAGCGGCGAAGGCUGCGAGGCAAGGCACAUUCUUGAAGGAGCUACUGCGAGUUGUCUUUACAUUACCAAAAGGAAGAGAGUUUGAAGCAGACGAACACAGAGAUUACGACAGAGCCCACUCGGUUGGAGACGACUGUGCCUCGCUGUACCCCGGGUGUGACCAGUUCGAUGUUCCUGUACAGUUUAAUCUGAACUAA